AUGAUGGCAGCCUCAGCUGGGGCUGCGGCGAAGCUCGCCAUCGCCAAGGCCAGCCUGUCGGCCGCCCUCUUCCGUGCCGACCCCGAUCCGUGCUCACGCGAGGACAUUGACACGCUCCACUAUCUGCUGGGCUCGGCCACGACGCGUUGCUCGCCAGGCAAUGUUCAGACCUGCAAACAAUGGAUUCUACAACAUGUAGCCCGAUCGUCAAACCGAACACUGGCCCUUGGAAAGUAUCUGGCCACCCUGGCCGACUCCUUCAGCACUGCGCCGACAGCUGCAGCUGCAGCCAUACCGGCCCCCGGCUCGGACAAGCAGACGUCAGAUCGCCGGAGGCGGCUGCACCUGCUCUACAUCGUCAGCGAUACGCUGUACCACACCACAAUUCGCGAUCACAAUGAUGUGUUUGCCCGUGGCUUGGGGUCAUCUCUCGUUCUUCUCGUCCGAAGCGCAGCCUCGUUCGCUCAAGCACCCAAGCAGCUGCACAAGAUCCGAGCCCUGCUUGGUCUUUGGUCCGAAAAAAGAUACUUUCCACCGGAGACACUGACAAAGCUGCGAGAAGCGGCCGACGAAGGCCCUGUGUUGUCAGAGCAAGGGCAGAGCCUGGCGCAAACGAACGCGAAUAGGCCGUCUCAGCUGUCGGCCCUGCCAAAGGAACAGCCCUAUGUGCUGCCAGCCGCGCACGGCGACCUGUCUACGCCGUGGUAUGACCUGCCAGCGGCCACCUGGCUGGCCGUCCUCGAGCCCAACUCGACCCGGCCGAUGAAUCCGUCAGCCAUAAAGCCGGUGCCGAUGCAACGUGGGCCGGCUGUACCGGCGCUGGUCGACAGCGUUCAGAAGCUGCUGGCCGACGUGCAGCGCAUCUUUGGCACGGACCGAGGCGAAGACAGCCUGGGCGAGAUGGCCACCGACGCUGGGCUCGACAUCGACCCCAUGGGUGAGCACAUCGAGCUGGACGUCUUCAGCGGUGAGGUGCUCGACGGCGACACAUACUACGGCUGGUCACGGGCUUUUUGCCAGAAGAUGAGGGCGCGACGGCAAGGACGACAGCAGCCGCAGGAGCAGCCGCAGCAACAGCAACAGCAACAGCAACGGUCGCAACUAGAGCCUCCGUCGCCGUCGGAGAUGGACGACCAUCGGGGACGUCUCCGCCGGAGUCGCAGCUACAGCCAUAGCAGCCACGAUAGCAGGGACUCGUCAGUGCCGGCCUACAAACGACGUCGCGUGACGUCGCAGAACAAGGAUGGAGGGAGCCACAGUUCAUCUCGGCUGCGUGUCCCCAGUCGUGGCCAUGGACGUUCAGCCUCGCCGUCCCGUCAUCGUGAUGACCAUCGCCGUUUUGCCAGAAACCGGUCUCGGUCCUUGUCCCGGUCUCGGUCCCGGUCUCGGACAUCUCGGUCCCCAUAUUCGCCAUCUGCAAAUGACCACGAUAAUGUGGACGAAGACGAUGAGAACAGAAACACUCAUCGUCAAAAGCAGUAUUCUAGGAGCCACAGCCACCACCGACACAACCACAAUCGACAUCGCGGGCUGGACAGGUCUCGUUCCAGGUCUCGGUUCAGAUCUAGAUCCAGGUCUCGAUCACAGUCUCGAUCACGGUCUCGGUCACCCCGAUACGCAAGCAGAGAUCGAUACUCGCCCUCGCCGCCGCCGCGAUCAGAAGUCUACGGCAGCCACCGGUUUCCUGGAGCAGUUCCGUCGGCAUCGUCACCGCCACCGCCUCCGCGGUUUGACAGCAGCGGCCGCGUGCCAUUUCCCCCAAUCCCGCUCCCGCCAGCUUCGUUUGCAGCUGGAGCGACUUUUGCUGCCAUGCCACCACUGCCGCCGCCUCCGCCCAACUACAAUGGCCCGUGGCCGCCGCCGAUCCCCUUCCCCCCUCCUCCACCACAUAUGCUGGCAGUUGGACAGUCAUGGGUACCCCAGCCACCUCCAAUGGCCGGAGGCAGCAGCAGCAUCAACAGUGGUCCGGCUGCGGCCUGGGGCCCUUGGCCUCCACAUUUACCGCCUCCACCACAUCUGCAGCAGCACCAGCAGCAACAGCAGCAACAGCAGCAACAGCAGCAACAGCAGCAACAGCAGACUCAACCAUGGCUGCCUCCGAACCCCUACGCAUCGCAGCAGGGAGGAUGGGGUGCACAGCGAUGA